AUGCUCAUAUUCGUCAUAAUUGUAUUAUUUGCCGAUGCGUUCGCCCAGCCGUAUCACAUGACCUGCUAUUACAACUGGAAUCAGCCACCGCUCGACGACGUUGAUCUUUCCCUUUGUUCUCAUAUUAUACUGAUCGGUCAAGUCCAUGUUGACAACGUUGGCCACCUCCAAUUACCACCAUCUGCGAUUUCAAAGGAGUUCUCUGAAAUGAAACGACGACGUCCGGAUAUCAAGCUGCUGGUCUGCGUCACUGGACCCAAUCAAGCAUUUUCAACUCUCGUAUCAUCACCGGAAAAUAUUGCCCACUUUGCUGAUUCCUCUUACAAAUACCUCAGGCAGUUCUCUUUCGAUGGUAUGGAUAUCGACUGGGAGUUCCCGAGUUGGAGCCCGGAUUCUCGUAAAACAGACCGAAAUAAAUUUCCACUGCUGCUUAAGGCUAUGCGCGACAGAUUUGGCUCUUCCUUCAUGCUGACAGUAGCUGUCUCAGGACCGCCGACCAUAACAAGAGUAGCCUAUGACACCACAGCAUUCAACAAGUUGGUCAUCUUCAUG